AUGGCAUUAAAAUGUGCCACAGUGAUUCUCUGGAUGCCCUCUGCUUCUUUAUUAGUUUAUUUGCUUUUAGCAUUACUCAUUCAUUUCACAUCUGGAGAAACAGAAGUGAAGUUCAGUGGACAAACAGAAUUUGUAGUUAAUGAAACAAGUACAACUGUUAUACGUCUUGUAAUUGAAAGGACAGGGAUUCCUGCUAACAUCACAGCAAUUGUGUCGAUUGAUGGAGAAAACACAGGAGACUUUUUUGACACAUAUGCAGCUGCAUUUAUACCCGAUACAGAAACAAACCGAACAGUGUAUAUAUCUGUCUGUGAUGACGAUCUUCCAGAGGCUGAUGAGACAUUCACGUUUUACUUGACAUUACCAAAACCAUCUGCAAGGAUAAAGCUUGGCUCACCCAAAUCUGUCACUGUAACAAUCUUAUCAAAUGACAAUGCCUUUGGAAUAAUUUCUUUUAACAUGUCUGCCUUAAUCACAGUGAAUGAGCCCAGGGGCAGAAAUGAAUUUCUGGCUCUCACUCUAAUUAGGGAGAGGGGAACCUAUGGGACAGUCAUCAUAACUUUUGAGAUAGAAGAUGGACCAAACCCAGCUGAAGAAGACUUAAGUCCAGCUAGGGGAAAUAUUACAUUUACCCCUGGGAGAUCAAUGCUGAUUUAUAAUUUAACAGUGCUUGAUGAUCAGAUACCUGAAAAUGAUGAAUUGUUUGUUGUUCAUCUGAGGAGCGUGGAGGGAGGAGCUGAAAUCAACAACACAAAAAAUUCUGUUCAGAUUAAUAUUAAGAAAAAUGACAGUCCUGUGCAUUUUGUUCAGAGUGCUUAUAUGGUGCCUGAGGAAGUUGAUCUGGUAACAAUUCAAGUGAUUCGUGGUAAGGAUGUCAGUGGAAAAUUAAUUGGACCUGAUGAACAUGAAGUCUCUGUCAGUUACGCCAUCAUAACUGGUGACUCAACAGCACAUGCGCAGCUUAAUGUAGACUUCCUAGAUCUACAGCCAAAUGCAACUAUCUUUUUCCCACCUCUAGUUCAUGAAACGUAUAUGAAAUUUAAGAUCCUUGAUGAUGCCAUACCAGAAAUUGCUGAGACCUUUCAGAUUAUGCUUCUUAAGGACACUUUGCAGGGAGAUGCUGUUUUGGUUAAUCCAUCUGUUGUUCAUGUCACCAUCCAACCGAAUGAUAAACCCUAUGGAGUACUAUCAAUCAACAGUAUCCUGUUUGCUCAGACUGUUAUCAUUGAUGAAGACCAGAUUUCAAGGUUUGAAGGGAUCAUGAUUGUGAGAAAUGGUGGAACACAUGGAAAUGUUUCUGUUACCUGGGUUAUAAUCCGAAAUAGCAGUGAUCCCUCACCUGUGACUGCAGACCUCAUUCCAGAGACCGGGGAGAUAUGUUUUGAUCAAGGACAGAUGCUGGUAACACUUCCUCUGAACGUUAUUAAUGAUGAUAUACCAGAAGAGGCAGAGCCCUAUCUUCUGAAACUCUUAGCUCAUACAAUACAGGGAGGUGCAGAAGUCAGUGAACCAUCUGAGCUUCUGUUUUACAUUCAGGACAGUGACGAUGUUUAUGGUCUAAUAAAAUUUUAUCCUUUGGAGAAUCAGAAGAUUGAAAGUAAUCCAACGGGACGCUUUCUAUCCUUGAGUUUUGCAAGGGAGAGAGGAACAGUUGGAGAUGUGCAGUUGGUUUAUACUGCACUGUAUAUUCCAGCUGGAGCUCUGGAUCCUGAGAGAGCGAAAGAUGGCAUUCUAAAUAUGUCUAGAAGAAGCAUUCUCAUGUUUCCAGACGGAAAGACACAGGAUACUUUAAAUAUACCAAUAAGAAAUGAUGCAUUUCUUCAGAAUGGUGCUCAUUUCCUCGUACAGCUGGAAAAAGUUGAGCUGGUGAAUAGAAUUCCUCUAGUCCCACCUGUGAGUCCUAGAUUAGGUGAGAUUCGAAAUAUUUCUCUCAGGAUUACUCCAGAUAUUGCAAAUGGAGAAAUAGGCUUCACUAGCAAUCUUCCAAUUAUUCUUUCUGAGCCAGAAGAUUCUGCUGAUAGAGUGGUUUCCAUUGCAUUGCAUCGAGAUGGGACUGAUGGUCAAGCAACUGUGUUUUGGAGUUUGAAACCCUCUGGUGUCAAUCAAAAGGCAGUAACACAUGAUGAUAUAAGUCCUUUUAAUGGCUCUGUCGUUUUCUUAUCUGGACAAAGUGAUACUACAAUCAACAUUACUAUUAAAGCUGAUGAUAUACCUGAAAUGAAUGAAACUGUGUUAUUAACUUUGGACAGGGUCAGUGUGGAAAAUCAAAUACUGAAAUAUGGGUUUACUACUUGUGAAAUUAUUAUUUUGGAAAAUGAUGAUCCUGGAGGAGUUUUCGAAUUUUCUCCCGCUUCCAGAGGUCCCUACAGUAUCAAGGAAGGGGAGUCUGUCGAACUGCAGAUUGUCCGCAGCAGAGGAAGUCUCGUCGGGCAGUUUCUACGCUACACUGUAGAACCAAGAGACAAUAACGAGUUUUAUGGAAGCACAGGAAUUCUGGAGUUUAAGCCUGGUGAAAGAGAGAUCAUAAUUACUCUUCUGACAAGGAUGGAUGGGAUUCCAGAGCUGGACGAGAUAUAUUCUGUGGUGCUCAGUGGCUACAGUGAAAUGCCAGGCAAGUUGGGGAAUGCCACAGUGGUCAAUAUAACCAUUUUGAAGAAUGAUGAUCCACAUGGUGUCAUUCAGUUUCUACCUGAUGAACUAUCAGUAACAAUACAGGAAAGUAAAGGAGAAAUCAUCUAUGCUGCUGCUUACAGAGUUGUCAGAAACCAAGGAAACUAUGGCAAUGUUAGUGUGUCUUGGGUUGUUGACCCAGCAUGUACCAAUGACAUCUAUCCAGAAGAAGGGACUAUUUUCUUUGAUAAUCUGGAGUUUUCAAAAAAUAUCACCAUUUACUCACUGCCAGAUGAGGUACCUGAAGAGAUGGAAGUAUUCAUCAUCAGCUUAUUCAGUGCUGCUGGUGGAGCCAGGCUGGGCAAUAUAACCAGUGCAAUUUUACAAAUUACAAGGAAUGAUGAUCCCAUUUAUUUUGCAGAACCUCUGACAGUGAACGUUAAAGAAGGAAGUGUUGCAAACUUUACAGUCCUAAGGAAUGGAUCUGCUGAUGUUGCUGUUGCUGUACAGUAUAUUACUGUUAAUGGAGAUGCAACAGCUGAAGAGGGAGACUUUGUUCCCAGUGGAAAGAGCAGUGUCAUUUUGUUUGAUGUUGGAGCAAGAGAGCAGAACUUAUCUGUGUAUAUUAAUGACGAUGAUAUCCCUGAAACUGAUGAAACAUUUUAUAUCUUCCUUUUGAAUUCUACAGGGGAUACUGUUAUCUUGAAGUAUGGAGUGGCUACAGUUAUUAUUGAAGCAAAUGAUGAUCCUAAUGGAAUUUUCUCCUUGGAACCUGUAGAGAAGCCAGUGGAAGAAGGCAAAAGUAACACUUUUUUGGUUUUGAGACAUAGAGGACACUUUGGCAAUGUCUCAUUGACUUGGCAGCUCUUUGAUAAUGACUCUGCGCUGAGGCCGGGAGAAGAGUUCUAUGAAACUUAUGGGACUGUGUGCUUCAUGGACAGUGAAGGAUCAAAGCCAAUAACACUCCAUGCUAUUUCAGAUAGAAUUCCUGAGUUCAAUGAAUUUUACAUUCUAAAGUUGGUGAAUGCUUCAGGUGGGUCUCCUGGUCCUGGUGGUCAGUUAUCUGAAACAAGCCUUGGUGUAACUGUGAUGAUCCCAUUCAAUGAUGACCCUUUUGGAGUCUUUGUUAUAGAUCCAGAGAGCCAGGACAGAGAGAUAGUGGAAGAUGUUCUUUCUGAAGAUGACCUUUCCUAUAUUACAGACUUCACCAUCUGGAGACAACAAGGCACCUUUGGUGUUGUCCGGUUAGGUUGGGAAAUACUGUCUAGUACAUUCCAAGCUGGACUACCAUCAAUGGUAGACUUCUUGUUGCUGGGAUCAUUUCCAAGUUCAGUACAAUCCCAGCCUCACAGGAGGCGUCAUCAUAGUGGAACAGAUGCUUUGUAUUUCAGUGGAAAAGACGAUGCAUUUGGGAUUAUUGGUCCAGAAUACCCGUACAAUGGAAAUACUGCAGUAACCAAUUUUACGUUUUCAGCAUGGUUAAUUCCUAAUGUCAGUACUGAUGGUUACAUAGUUGAAAAGGAUGAUGAUAAUGGGUCCUUAUAUUAUGGCGUGAAAAUCCAGACAAAUGAUUCUCAUGUUUCUGUAGUGCUUCAUUAUACAGCAUUAGGAUCCAAUAUGACAUACAUGGCUAAAGCAGCAGUCCUGAAAUACCUGGAUGAAAAUACUUGGCUUCACCUCCUGAUUACUCUGGAUGAAAGUAUAAUUGAAUUUUACAUGGACGGAAUUCCAGUUCUGGGAGGAAUUAAGAGCCUUAAAGGAGAAGCAAUUGCUGAUGGUGAGCCAAUAGCCUGCAUUAUUUUUCUCCAUAUGUAAAGUUCACACAAUAGGAAUGAUAGGUACACAGGGCUAAUGCAGGAUGUAAGGCUUUAUGAGCGUAAAUUGACACGAGCAGAGAUCUAUGAACUCCAUGCAACUCCUGCAAAGAGUGAUGUCCACCCUGUCUCUGGGUAUUUGGAGUAUCGGCAAGGAGAGACCAAUAAAUCAUUCAUUGUGUCUGCAAAGGAUGACAAAGAGGAAGAAGGAGAGGAGUUAUUCAUCCUAAAGCUCAUUUCUGUGCGUGGUGGAGCUCGAAUUUCACAAGAAAAUACUACAGCAAGAUUAAGAAUACAGAAAAGUGAUAACGCUAAUGGUUUAUUUGGCUUCACUGGAGCAUGUAUUCCUGAGACUGCUGAUGAGGGUUCCACUAUAUCCUGUGUCGUGGAGCGUACAAGGGGAGCCCUGGACUAUGUGUAUAUAAAUUACAUUAUCUCGCAGGUUGAUUCCACUGGCAUUAAUUACUCUGUUACCGAUUUUUCUAACAGCACUGGCACUAUCACAUUCCUUCCUUGGCAGAGGUCAGAGGUCUUAAAUUUGCAUGUUAUUGAUGAUGACAUUCCAGAGCUAAAUGAAUAUUUCCGUGUGACAUUAGUCUCUGCAGUGUCUGCAGAUGGAAAACUAGGUUCAACUCCUACCAGCGGAGCAAGUAUAGAUCCAGAAAAGGAAACUACUGAUAUCAGCAUCAAAGCCAGUGACCACCCAUAUGGUCUACUACAGUUCUCUGUGGGGCCACCUCCUCAGCCAGGUGAUGAAAUGAUUCUGCCAGCCUCUGCUGUGCCCCAUAUUACAAUCAAAGAAGAAGUUGGACACAUCAGAUUACUGGUAGUUCGUGCACAAGGCCUUCUUGGAACAGUUCUGGUGGAAUACAGAACAGUGCCACUUACAGCUUUCAGUCCUAAAGAUUAUCAGGCUGUUGUGGGCACGCUGGAAUUUCAGCCAGGAGAAAGAUACAAGUACCUUACUGUUAACAUCACUGAUAAUUCUAUUCCUGAAUUAGAAAAAACUUUUAAAGUAGAGCUGUUGAACCCAGAAGGAGGAGUUGCUGAGCUCUUUAGAAAUGAUGGCAGUGGUAGUGGUGAUGGGAACAUGGAUUUCUUCCUUCCAACUGUCCAUCAGCAUGCUAGCUUGGGAAUUGCAUCCCACAUCCUUGUGACUGUUGAGGCUUCUGAUGAUGCUCAUGGUGUGUUUGAGUUCAGUACUGACUCACUCGCGGUAAAUGGAACUGAGCCUGAAGAUGGAGAUAGCAAUAUUGUGCUGCAGGUUGUGAGAAAGCAUGGGGCCUUGUCUCAGGUGACACUGCACUGGAUUGUGGUCUGUGAUCUCACCAAAGACCUGAUCUCUGCAGAAGGGAAUGUAACGUUUGACGUUGGCCAAGCAAGAGCAAAUAUUACAGUACAGGUUUCUCCUGAUGAAGUUCCUGAAUUGGAUAAGGUGUUUUCAGUUUUGAUCAUCAAUGUCUCCAGUGGUCGUCUUGGAAAUCAUACUAAUGCAACAUUAACUAUUUUAGCUAAUGACGAUCCAUAUGGAGUCUUCAUCUUUUCUGAGCAAAACAGACCAAUAAAAGUUGAGGAAGAAACAAAAAAUAUCUCCCUGACAAUAAUAAGGCGUGGUGGUCUCCUCGGUACAGUAAUGGUGACAUACAGAACUAUUGGUGAUGACGAAAAGUCACCCUUUCUUCCACCUGAUGUUGUUAGAGCAAUAGAGGGAAAAGAUUAUAUACCCAUUACAGGUUACAUGGUCUUCGCAGCCAAUGAAAGUGAGGCCACAAUAUCUUUGCCUGUUUUGGAUGAUAAUGAUCCUGAGAGGUCAGAAUCUGUUUUUGUGGAGCUAAGCAGUAUUGUUUUGAUUGAGGAAGUACAGGAUCGGCCAAUUCUAAAUUCUCCUCGACUUGGAUUAGUGGGUGAGACAAUAGCUCAUGUAAUUAUCAAUGCCAAUGAUGAUGCUUUUGGAACACUUCAGCUUUCAGCUUCAACUGUGCGAGUUGCUGAAAAUUAUGUUGGACCAAUCAUUAACGUGACAAGAACUGGGGGAAUAUUUGCAGAUGUUUCUGUGAAAUUUAAAGCUAUGCCAAUAACUGCAACAGCUGGUGAGGACUACAGUGUAGCCUCAUCAGAUGUUGUCUUACUAGAAGGAGAAACAAGUAAAGCUGUGCCAAUUUAUAUAAUUAAUGAUAUCAAUCCUGAAGUUGAGGAGUCAAAUUAUGUUCAGCUGCUGAAUCAAACAACGGGAGGAGCUUUGCUUGGAUCUUUGACUAGGGCAAUCAUAAUUAUUGAGGCUUCUGAUGACCCUUUUGGAUCCUUUGUUUUUCAGAUUACCGAAUUCACUGUGGAGGAGCCUGACUUUGGAUCAGUAACCAUGAAUCUGCCAAUAAUCCGCAAUGCUGGGACACUCGGUAAUGUUACUGUUCAGUGGGUUGCUACCAUUAAUGGAGAUCCUGCUGAUGCUGACUUGCAGGUUGCCUUGGGUAAUAUUACUUUUGUCCCUGGGGAAGCCAUUCAGAUGUUGCUGUUGGAAAUCCUGGCUGAUGAUGUUCCAGAAAUAGAAGAAGUAAUUUGUGUCCGUGUAGAAUUAACUCAGGCCUCCAAUGGUGGUGCUAUCGGGUUAGAUGGCGUGGCAAAUAUUAUAAUACCUGCCAAUGAUAAUCCUUAUGGCACAGUUUUCUUUCAUCAAUCCUUAUAUCGAAUUCAGGAGCCACUAGAAAGAAAUUUGCUUGCAAAUAUAACAGUCAGGCGAAGUGGGGGAAGGUUUGGUCAGCUGCAGAUAUUUUACAGCACUUCUGAGACUGACGUUGUAGCUCUUGCCAUUGAGCAAGGUCAGGAUAUCCUGGCCUGUUACGAGUCUCCUGUACAAGGAAUUCCUGACCAACCAUCCAAGACCAGAGUGAAUGUGUCGUCGGCAAGUGACCCACUGUAUGCCUGUGCAACCCAGUGCCUAAAAGAACAAGCAUGUUCAGCCUUUACAUUUUCCAGUGCCUCUGAGAUUCCUCUCUGCCUUUGGCUGACAUCAGAGAUCGGCCCAUUAACUAACACUUCAGGAUUCUGGAUCUACAAGAAAAACGUCACCAGUGCAUCCGCUCUCUUUAGCACAAAAGCCAUCGCUGGCAGUGAUUAUGAAUCUAUUACAAGACAGUGGGCCAUAAUGCUGGAAGGGGAAGAGUUUGCAAAUCUCACAGUUACCAUACUCCCUGACAGUCUGCCAGAGUUGGAUGAGAAAUUCACUAUAUCCCUUCUGAAAGUUGAACUAAUGAACAUCUCAACCAGCUUAAAAAAUCAACCAACUAUAGGACAGCCAAAUACUUCCACAGUUAUCAUAAUGAUGAAUGGAGAUGCAUUUGGAGUAUUUAAGAUCUACAGCGUAAGUCCCAAUGUGACAGAGGAAGGUCUGUAUAUUGAAGUAGAAGAACAUCCUCAGACCAACGUGCAGCUAAUGAUACAUAGGACAGAAGGCAGCCUGGGACAGGUGACAGUGGAAUGGCGUGUGGUUGGUGGAACCGCUACCCCAAACUUGGAUUUUGUAGGUUUUGGUGAGAUUCUGGUGUUCGCUGAAGGGGAAACAAAAAAGAUGGUCACGCUGACCAUUUUAGAUGAUCCGGAGCCAGAGGAUAAUGAAAGUAUCAUACUCAGCCUGGUCCAUACUGAAGGAGGGAGUCGGAUUCUGCCCAGUUUUGACACUGUCACAGUGGUCAUUCUGGCAAGUGACAAUGUGGCAGGAAUUAUUAGCUUCCAGACAGCCUCAAGAUCUGUUAUUGGUCGUGAAGGAGAACAACUGCAAUUCCAUAUUGUAAGAACUGCCCCAGGACUGGGAAAUGUUACUGUUGAGUGGAAGAUAGUUGGGCAUAAUGUAAAACAAAAUUUUGAAAACUAUUCUGGAAUACCCUUUUUUUCUGAGGGGGCAUUGAAUGCAACAUUGCAUGUUCACUUGCUGGAUGACCAUAUUCCUGAAGAAAAAGAAGAAUACCAGAUCAUCUUAUACAACAUCAAAACAGAAGGAGUUUCUUCUUCAGGUGCUGCUGUUUUGGAUAGUCAAGGAUAUGAAGCUGUUCUGACAGUAGAAGCUAGUGAUGAACCACACGGAGUCUUGAAUUUUGCUUCCCCCUCCAGGGCAGUUUUAAUUCCAGAGGAAAAUAAAACAGUUCAGCUUUUUCUUAACAGAGAAUUUGGAUCUCUAGGUGUUAUCAAUGUUACGUAUGCCACAGUUCCAGGAUUGCCCACCUUAAGUAAUCAGACAGAAGGGACCUUGGCUGAACCAGGAGCAGAUUAUAUAGCUGUUUCUGGCUCACUGAUUUUGGAAGAAGGAGAAACAACAGCUGCCAUAAAUAUUACUAUUUUAGAGGAUGAUGUACCAGAGGUGCAAGAAUUCUUCUUGGUUAAUUUAACUUCAGUGGAACUCAUCAUGAACCAUUCAACUUCAUCCCCACCUAGGCUGGAUGUGGAAGGUUUAGCUUCUCAAAUUAUUAUUGAUUCUAAUGAUGGAGUAAGCGGAGUAAUUGAAUGGGAAAGUACCAAUUUUGAAGUUAAUGAAUCUCACUGGAAUCUGACAAUAAUGGCAUACCGAAACAGAGGAUCAUAUGGCAAUGUGUCUGUAUUUUUUUACGCUCAAAAUUUGGAAGCACAGCUGGGUUUGGAUUUUAAUGUGACCUCAAGGACUCUUUUUUUUGCUGAUGGAGAAAGGAAUAAGUCUGUUGUUGUUAUGAUUUUUGAUGAUGAUAUUCCUGAAGGUGAUGAGAAGUUCCAGUUAAUUUUGACAAAUCCCUCUCUGGGGCUGGAAUUAGGGGAGAACACAACAGCCACAAUUACUAUACUUGCCAAUGAUGAUGGCCAUGGAGUUUUGUCAUUCAAUAACAGCGAUCACUUCUUCCUAAGAGAACAAACAGCUCUCCAUUUGAUGGAAAGUGUUGCAGUAUUAAAUAUCAUUAGAGAACCUCCUCAGGGGAUAUAUGGCACUGUGACUGUUCAGUAUCUUGUAAGUGAAAUUAAUUCUUCAGAGGCAUCAGUGGAUUUGACCCCUUCUCAAGGAUAUGUUGUGCUGGAAGAGGGAGUCAGAUUCAAGACACUGCAUAUUUCUGCGAUAUUGGAUGAAGAACCAGAAAUGGAUGAGCACUUUAUUGUCACCUUGUUCAGUCCAACUGGAGGAGCCAGACUAGGCACAAGAGUGCAAACUAUGAUUACAGUAUUACAGAACCAGGCUCCACUAGGGCUUUUCAGCAUCUAUCCAGUUACAAAUAGGACAAAUUUCCUCAUAAUUGAAGAAGCCAACACUACAGUUUAUUUGAAAGUUUCACGGAGUAAUGGGCUCAACGGGUCUGUGAGUGUUGAGUGGGAGACAUUGUCGGAUACUGCAUUUGGCAUCAGGGGUAGUAUCAGUGUCCUGUCUGUCUUGCAAAGUUUUGUGGAAGAAUCAGCAUCUAGCUGGUGUUUCUUUACAUCAGGAGAAAUCCUGUAUGGUGUUCUGUUGCGUACGCCUCCAGCUACAUUUUCUACUGUUUACCAGUGGAAAGGAGUUUUUGUUCCUGUCGAGAAUUUCAGUAUGUGGAAUCCUAAGAGCUGUGUGUCUUUCCAAAUCCGUGCCUCUCCCUACCUUGUGAUUACUCAUGGAGCAGCCAGGCAAGGAGCUUCCAACAACAGUGUGUAUGCAUUCAUGCCUGAACGCAGACUGUUGAAGAUACAGACUCUCUCUAUUCUGGAUACCAGACAUGUGAAACAUUUUGCUGUGGAUGAAGAAGACUAUUUGAUUUUUGUGAGUCACACAACCAGUUCCAGUUCCAUCCAGGUUUUCCAGUGGAAUAAAGAUAUAUUUGUGCUGCAUCAUCAACUUCCACUUUACAGAGCUCUGAACAUAGCCUUGUUUCCUAGAGGAGGCGUUAUGUACCUAUUAGUUUCUUUGUCAAAUACCAGCCAGAACAUGCUCUUGUACCAGUGGUUGAAUAAUGAGUUUAGGAAUCUUCAUCAAUUACCAACAAAAGAAGUAAAACAUAUGGAGGCCUGGAUUUCUGGAUCUGAUAUCUAUUUAAUUAUUGCAAAAGUUUUGUAAUUUUGCUCCUUUGUAGAAUCUGGAAAUUCUUCCGAAAUUUUCAUCUGGGAGACAGGGCAGUCUACCUUUAGACACUUUCAGUCUCUUCCAGUCUGCGCUCUAAGAAACAUCCAUGUUUUCAUGCCUCCUUCAGGUUUAGUUCACAUCCUCCUAUCUGGUAAGGACACGACAGCACUGUAUUCUUGGAACUCAGAAAGCAACCAGUUUUCUGUAAUGCUGGAAGCCCCAUAUGUGGAUCAUAUCACUUCAGCUACUGCAACAUCUCUUAACUCCAGCAAGACCUUGAUUGCUCUGUCUGUAGAGCCCAACUGCCAGAUUUAUGAGCUGACCACUAUCUCCAACCAGUCAGAUUUUAUACCUAGUUCAGGUGAAUUGAUAUUUGAGCCUGGGGACAGGGAAGCUGUGAUAGCAGUCAAUAUCCUGGAUGACAUCAUACCAGAGGAGGAAGAAUGCUUCAAAGUGUUGUUGAAAAACCCUAAGGGAGGUGCAGAGAUUGGUGUUCAUGGUUUUGUUAACAUAAUUAUUCCUUCCAAUGACAAUGCCUACGGAGUCAUUGCAUUUGCUCAGAGUUCUUUAUUUAAGCAAGUUGAAGAAAUGGAACAGGACAACUUAAUCACCUUGAAUAUUGAACGUUUAAUAGGAACAUAUGGACGAGUUACAGUAGCGUGGAUUGCUAAUGGGAGCAUAAGUGAUGUAUUUCCAGCUUCAGGAAUGAUUACAUUUUCAGAAGGUCAGGCCCUGUCCACAAUCACCCUGACAAUUCUUGCGGAUGGUGUUGCAGAGCUUUCAGAGACUGUGGAAAUCACACUCACCCAUGUUACCACUGUGGGUGUUCAGGAUACCAAAAAAGGAGCUGUCAUUGAUCCCAAAAGGGCAAGAGCUGUACUUAUAAUUUUACCCAGUGACUCUCCACAUGGUGUGAUUGGGUGGCAUAUGGAGUCUCUCUUUGUUAAAGUCACAGAGCCAGAAGUGAAUUCAACUACUCUGACUUUACAAAUUGUUCGAGAGCAAGGGUUUGUUGGAGAGAUUGCAGUUCAGCUGAGCACUGCACCUAACUCUGAACUCCCCCUCUCCAACCAAGCAACAGAGAAUAAGGAUUAUGUACUGGAAAAGAAGACAAUCAUUAUGGCAGAGAACGCAACAAUAACUUCUGUCAUAGUCACUAUUUUGCCUGACAAUGUUCCAGAAUUACAGGAAGGAUUUAUAAUCAAUAUUACUGAUGUGCAACUGGUCGAUUCUCCCACUGGAGGUCAGCCAAGCGUGAAGAGGCUUGGGUUAGAAAUAGCUGAAAUAACAAUUGAAGAAAAUGAUGAUGCCAGAGGAGUAUUUAGUUUCAAUGUUACAAAGGAUAUAACUGGAGCUGUUGCUGGUUAUGAGGUACCACCACCACAGAAUAUACUGAAGCUUCCAGUUGUUCGACAGGCUGGGAGGUUUGGGUCAGCAACUGUGUAUUGGGAAGCCAUUCAUUCAACUGCUAGCUUUGAAGACUUCACACCAUCAUUUGGAAACCUUACAUUUGCAGAUGGGCAGGCUACAGGAGAAAUAGAAAUUACAAUCACAGAUGACAGUGAAGUUGAAUUCCUUGAGAUAUUCAAGAUUGCCCUGGUGAGGGUAACAGGUGGUGCAAGACUUGGGGAUGACACCCUGGUAACUGUUGCUAUUCCACCAAAUGAUUCCCCUGUUGGAGUAUUUGGAUUUGAAGAAAAGACUGUAACAGUGAAGGAACCUCAGACACCUGAUGACUCUGCUGCAGUUGUAUUGCUCACUGUAAGUCGAAGUCAAGGAGGACAAGGAGAAGUUAAAGUGUUAUGGAUUCUUGAGGAAGCUGCCAGAUAUGAUCUGACCCCUCUGAAUGGUACCCUUCAAUUCAAUGAGACUGAAUCUCAGAAGCUGAUUGUUUUACAUGCGGUACAAGAUGGUCUACUGGAGGGGAAUGAAACAUUUACCAUUCAGCUAGUCUCUACUGGUGAUGCAGAAAUAUCCCCUGUAAAUGGUGUUGCAACCAUCAUUAUUGUGGGUGACAAAGGAGCUUCUGGGGUGGUUGGGAUAGCCCAUUCAUCCAAGCAUGUUCUGAUUGGAGAACCAUCAGGAAAUUAUAACGGAACUGCUCUAAUUAGCCUGACACGUGGCCCAGGGAUUUUUGGUGAGAUCAUAGUAUAUUGGAAUAUAACACCUCCUCAUCACACAGAAUUUAUUGAGACAUCGGGGACCUUGACAAUGCGAGACAGGCAGUCUGCAGCAGUUGUUCUAAUACAGGCUGCAGAUGACAACCGUCCUGAGGAGAAGCAUUACUACCAGUUUCAACUAACUGGAAUUAGUGACGGAGGACUCAUAAAUCAAUCUAGCAGCACAGCAAAUAUUACCAUGGCUGCCAGUGAUUUUCCAUAUGGAGAGUUUACAUUUUCACAGGAACUAUUGCAAACAACAGAAGAAGAAAAAUGGGUUAACAUCACUAUUGUGCGUUCCAGGGGAUCCUAUGGCAAAGUGCAUCUUUGCUUUCAGAUAAUAAAUGGGACUGCAGAGGAGGGAAUUGAUUUCACUCCCAUAGUAGGGGAAUUGUUGUUUGAACCACAUGAGAAGAGUAAAAUGAUUUUGGUUGAAAUUCAUGAUGAUGACUUUCCUGAAGGUCCUGAAGACUUUUCAGUGAUGAUUAUCAAAGUGGAACUCCAAGGAAGUGGAUUUGAUUUUACUGUAAAAGAAAAUGGUCUACAGAUUGAUCAACCUCCAGUAAUAGGAAAUAUCUCCACAGUACGAGUCACUAUAGCAAAAAGUGAUAAUGCAGAAGGCAUCAUAGAAUUUGAUCCACAGUAUAUCCUUCUACAGGUGGAAGAGGAUGCUGGAUUAAUCAUGAUUCCUGUUGUGAGAAAGCAUGGAACGUAUGGCUAUGUAACAGCUGAUUUUCUUUCUCGAAGCAUUUCUGCACUUCCCGGUGGUGUUGACUAUGUCAUCCAUAAUAAUUCUGUCAUUUUUUAUCAUGGCCAGAACCAGACUUUUAUUUAUAUCUCUAUUAUAGAUGAUGAAGAAAGUGAAUUUGCAGAGCAAUUUGAAAUCCAGCUGACAGGAGCCACUGGUGGAGCAGUCCUUGGGCUCCACCUAGUGAGCCAGGUCACCAUUGCUAAAAGUGACUCCCCCCAGGGCAUCGUCCGAUUUCUAAACCAAAGUCGAAUUAUUAUUCCCAAUCCUGAUAGACCCACGACAGUGUCCCUGAUGCUGGAAAGGACUGGAAGAUUGUUAGGGGAGACACAGAUUAAUUGGGACAUCUUGGGACCCAAUUCAGAAGAGGUUUUAUCUCCCCUGAAUAGUGACAUUGGUGACCCAGUGAAUGGAUCGUUCUAUUUUGGAGAAGGAGAAGGAGGUCUGAGAGCUAUUAAUCUACAACUCUAUCCUCAUGAAGAAGUUGAAGUUCAGGAGAUCUUCAUUGUUAGACUGAGCCUUAUGAAAGGUGAAACAGAAAUAGAUCCUAAGGCAAGCAACAUUACACUAAUAAUACAGAAGUUUGGUGAUCCCAAUGGAAUUGUACAGUUUGCUCCUGAAUCGUUAACUGAGAAUAACUAUACAGAACCCUUAGCAGUGGAAGGGCCCCAAAGUAUUACGCUGUUUAUCAGACGAAUUCAAGGCACUCUGGGAAACAUAACGGUUUACUGGGAAUUACAUAGUGAAUCUGACAUCACAGGUGACUUUCUUAGGACAGAAGGAUCUGUUGUCAUUGCUGACCAGCAGACUACAGCUGAGAUAAUUAUCUACCUGUUACCUGAUGAUGUUCCAGAACUGGAUGAAAACUAUGUGGUGCGGCUGAUUUCAGUAGAAGGUGGAGCAGAUUUAGACCAAGAGAAAAGUAUUUCAAAGAUCAAUGUUUUUGCAAAUGAUGAUCCCUAUGGAGUGUUUGCCCUGUACUCUGAUCAGCAGUCAGUAUUAGUAGAUAGAAACCUGGAUCGAUAUGUUCAGAUUAAUGUAACUCGGCAUGCUGGGGCAUUUGGAGAAGUGAUCGUUGAGUACCGUAUCUUGUCUCAUCAUGAAGAAGCGCUAAUUGCACCUGAGAAUGAUGUGGGAUACCUCACAGUAAACGAUGGUGCCAGUUUUGGAGUGAAAAGAGUGCCAAUAAGCAGCCAGGCAUUUAUUUUACUGGGCUUGAAUUUUACGCUGGAACUGAUUAAUGUAAGCCUGGUUAGGGGACGUGCCAAGGAUGUGCCUAAAAUAUCAGGAAAUGCAAAGUCAGCUGUUCUGCUUAUUCCUGAGGAAGCUGCCAAUUCACAGGUUGGCUUUGACUCUGUGAUUUUACGACUUACAGACAUUGUAGCAGGGACAGGCCAGGCUGUGAUAACCAGAAAAGGAGUUUAUGGCUCUGUAAUAGUUAACUGGAGUUCAGGAUAUCCACCAGACCUAAUCACUGACUUUGCUCGGCCAGGCAAUAUUACUCCUCCAUUUGGUACUGUUAUAUUUUCCUCUGGUGAGCAAAGUAAAGUGAUUUCAUUUCAGGCUACUCCAAGCCUAAAUAAACAUGAGUCAUUUGCCAUCACUUUAACAGCAGUGCACAGCAAUGUGUCUGGUGGGGCUCGCCUGAGGUCAGGAUUUACGAUAGCUGAAGUUGAGCCAAUGGGGAUCUUCCAGUUUGCUCUUAACUCAAGAUCUGUUUCUGUUGAAGAAGAUGUUCAGGCAGUCACAUUACAUGUGCAAAGAUUAUUUGGUUUUCAAAGUAAUCUCACUAAAUUAACAUAUCAGACCAUUCCAGGAAGUGCCAAACCACUAGAGGACUUUAUACCCAUUGACAAUGGAGAGCUUAUGUUUUUAUAUUUUCAGACAAACGCUGUGAUAGAAAUACCAAUAAUUGAUGACACUGUGUCUGAAAUGGAGGAAUUUUUUUUUGUAAAUUUGACUGCUGUGGAAAUUUUGGAUGUUCAGUCUGUGAAUCCUGACUGGAGUCCACGUUUGAAUCCAGCUUUCAGUGUUGCAACAGUUAAUAUCCUGGCUAAUGAUAUUCUUCAUGGAAUACUAAGUUUGGGACCGGAGUUAGUUUAUGUUGAAGAAGAUGCAAACAACAGUACCCCCAACACAGUGAUACUUCAUAUCAGAAGGACCAAGGGUUUUACUGGUGAUAUUGAAGUAACUGUUAAAACCUUUGGGGGAGUGAGUGCACAGAGUGGAGUAGAUUCAUAUCCUUUUGGAAACGUUUAUAGAAAAUCAAACUUCACAUGGGCAAUGGAAGGAGAAGAUUUUGAGGAAAAGUCAGUAUCUCUGACUUUGCUGGAUGGAGAAAGAGAAAGCAAGAUGUCCAUAAAAAUAUUUGAUGAUGAUGAGCCUGAAGGACAGGAGUUGUUUUAUGUUUUCCUCUCAGAUCCUCAAUGUGGAGCUCAGAUUGUGGAAGGAAAGGAUGAAUAUGGAUUUUCUGCUUUUGCAACAGUAAUUAUUGCAGGAAGUGAUCUCCAGAAUGGCAUUUUCGGAUUCAUUCCAGAAGUACAAAGCGGUCUUGUACUUGAUGAAGACUCAGAAAACAGAGAGGUGCUGCUGAUUGUUGCAAGGCAACCAAACAGGGCUUUUGAAGAUGUGAAGAUAUUUUGGCGUGUGACCUUUAAUAAAACAGCUGUUGUCCUUCUGAAGGAUGGCAUGAACUUAGAAAACGAACUUGUAUCUGUGCUGGGAGCCACUACCUGCAUGGCAGGUCAAACAAUAUGCAACAUCUCCAUUGAAAUAAAACCUGAUAAUGUACCUGAAUUUGAAACAUACUUUUUUGUUGAGCUGUAUGCUGUAAGCACAGGAGCUGCAUUGAACAGCAGUGCCAGAUUUGCUUUUAUAACAGUCCUUGAAAGUGAUGCUCCUCGUGGCUUAGUAUAUUUUGCUGUGGGAUCUCGUUUUGCUGUGGCUCACAGGAAGACAACUUUAAUCAGUUUGCAAGUGCUUAGAGAUUCUAGUACAUCAGUAACCACAAUGGUUAGCUACAACUUGCAGGAGCUACAAAAACCUGAACCUAUUGGUCGAACCUUCAUAUUUCCAGCUGUGGCAGGACAAGAUUUUGCCAGAUCUGAAGGUUUAUUGACUUUUGAACCUGGACAGAGAAAUACAUUUCUGGAUGUGACCCUGACUCCAAAGACAGGAUCUUUAAACCCAUUUCCUAAACGUUUCCAGGUUGUAGUUUCUAAUCCCACAGGCGGUGCCAGAGUAGAUGACAUGUAUGGUAUUGCUAAUGUCACCAUUGUCUCAGAUUUGGAAUCCUUGCCAGUUUGGGGGCUGAUUGAUCAACUGCAUCAGCCUCUUGAUGACACCAUUUUACUCAGAGUCCUCCAGAAUCUGAAUAUCAAAGUGGCUAUGGAAAACACAGAAGAGCAGCUUACUGCUGUGAUGCAUAUAAUAGAUAAGGUUGCAGAUGUAGGUGAAAAACAGUUACUCACUGAUAAAAGUAGAAGUCUUUUCUAUGAGAUACUCUGUGCUCUGGCUAGCCCAAAACGCGAGGACACACGAGGAUAUAGUGUGCUUGCUGAGGUCACCGAGAAGUUUGCUUUUUCCCUGUUGACUGGGAUAAUGUGUGGAUCACCAGGAGAAAGAGGUAAAAAUAUCCUUGACAGCUGCCCAUACAUUUCAAUAAUGGCUCACAAGUGGUUUCCUCAGCAAAUCAAUGGACACAGAUUUGAUGGAAAAGAUGGGGAUUCUAUUCAAGUACCUGAACAUUUACUAGAGGUCUCUGUUGUAUUAUCACCUCCUCAAGAAGAGAGCUGUGAAUCUGUACAGUUCACAGAAUACAGCAGUCAGCAGUGGUUCCUUACUGGAGAUAAAGAACUUGCCCUGAAGAACAAGGUUUUUUCUAUGAGUUUGAAGGGUUGGAGGUCACACCCUUUGAAAGAUAGCAAUGAAGUAAUUUAUCGGAUUUAUGCUACAGGAAAUCGAAUUCUUCCACAAAAGUCUCUAUGUCUCCUCUGGAAUCAAGCGGCUGAAAGCUGGCUGUCAGAUAGCGAGUUCUGCAAAGUGGUGGAUGACACGUCAGACUAUGUGGAAUGCUCUUGUUCUCAUAUGUCCAUUUAUGCAGUUUAUGCCCAAACAGAUAACUUGUCUUCAUACAAUGAAGCUUUUUUCUCUUCUGGAUUCAUCUGCAUUUCAGGUUUCACUUUGGCUAUUAUCUCCCACCUUUUCUGCACCAGGUGUGCAAUGUUUGCAGCUAAACUUCUCACUCACAUGAUGGUUGCUUGUUUGGGUACUCAGAUAUCAUUUCUGGCCUCUGCAUACAUCAGCCAACAUCUCUCAGAGGAAAGCUGCUCUGCCCUUGCAUCUGUUACCCAUUACCUUUACCUCUGCCAGUUCAGCUGGAUGCUUAUUCAGGCUGUUAAUUUCUGGUACGUCCUGGUGAUGAAUGAUGAACACACAGAGCAGCGCUAUUUGUUUUACUUCCUUUUGAGUUGGGGGCUUCCAGCUUUUGUUGUGAUCCUGCUUUUAAUUAUCCUGAGAGGAAUCUAUCAUCACAGCACAGCACAGAUUUAUGGCCUUGUCUACAGUGAUCUGUGCUUCAUUCCAAAUGCCUACGCUGCUCUCUUCACCGCUGCUCUGGUGCCAUUAAUGUGCUUGGUAGUGGUUUUUGUGGUGUUCAUCCACGCCUACCAGGUGACCCCACAAUGGAAAGCGUAUGACGAUAUUUUCAGAGGAAGAACAAACGCUGCAGAGAUCCCCUUAGUCUUGUACCUCUUUGCCCUGAUUUCUGUCACCUGGCUGUGGGGAGGACUGCACAUGGCUUACCGGCACCUCUGGAUGUUAGUCUUCUUCAUCAUCUUCAACAGUCUGCAGGGUCUUUAUGUCUUUGUGGUAUAUUUUAUCCUGCACAACCAACUUUGCUGUCCUGUGAAAGCAAGUUAUACCGUAGACAUGAAUGGGCAUACAACUCUGGGUUCAGCUUUUUUCACACAUGACAGUGGUCUGCCGGCUGCAGGUGGAGAGAUCAGCAAGUCCACUCAGAACCUCAUCAGUGCUAUGGAAGAGGUGCCUGCAGACUGGGAGAGGGCAUCCUUGCAGCCUGCUAGUCAAGCUAGUGCUGCCUUUAAGCAGAGUCCACAAAAUGGCAAUGCUUUCCACCCUUCUGGAGGAUUUAGUACCAGCUCAUUGGUUGCUGAUGAGGAAUCACAGGAGUUUGAUGACCUAAUAUUUGCUUUAAAGACUGGUGCAGGUCUCAGCAUCAGCGAUAAUGAAUCUUGUCGUGGCAGCCAGGAUGGUGGCAGCAUGGCUAACUCCCAGAUUGUAGAGCUUAGAAGAAUACCCAUAGCAGAUACUCACCUCUAACUCCAUGGCUUGCUUGGUUUUUUGUUGUUGUUGUUGUUGUUUUUUUUAAUUCAAGCCUCAGUAUUUUUAUAUUUGUACUUCCUUUUGCACUAAAACACUAUAUGAAACUGUGUAGUAGAAUGCUGUGAGCUUUACUGAAUGUUUAACAAGGAAUGUUUGCUUGAGGUUUUGUAUAUCAGAAAA